GUCCUGCGGACGAGGUUGCUUUUGUUUUUGUUUUUAACUUCUUUUUUUUGUAAAUCUUUUGGGUGAGCGAGACAAAAACAAGAUGCUGGAGACUUUAUUGUUGAGACGAUUUUAUUAUACUGCUGUCUGGUACAAAGAUUUGAGAAUCUAGCUGAAAUAUAGCUAAUAUUACAAAGAAAUUAAAUCGUUUUUUAAACAAGAAUGCCGAAGUUAAAAAUCUCAUCUUGCACAGUCCAGUUGCUAGAUGGAACUGAUAUUAUAGUAGAAGUUGAUAAGCUGCAAUACAGUUCUGAGCUGUUAGAUGAAGUUUUUAAAAAAGUUGGCAUUGUAGAAAAAGGGUAUUUUGGGUUGAAAUACAAAAAUCCAAAAGAUGGCAAGGAUUCUUGGCUUGAUCCCAAUAAACCAUUGCAUAGUCAGUUAAAAAAAGCGUCGAAUAUGUUUAAAGCGGCAGUUCAGUUUUAUCCUCCAAGUAUUCAUAUGUUAGAGGACGAAAUAACCAGAUACAACUUUGUUUUACAAAUCCGAGAAAACUUGCUGACAGGAGAAUGGUCAUGUACAUUGCCAACGCAUGCACUUCUUGCCUCCUAUGUUGCGCAGGCUGAAUUUGGGGAUUAUGAUGACGUCAAACACUCUGAUACUUAUCUCAAUGAUCUUCAGUUUAUGCCAGAUCAGAGUUCAACUUUUCUUGAUCGAGUUCAUGCUUUUCACAAGAAACAUGUUACUGUAACUACUACCAAUGCAGACUGGAUGUAUUUAGAAUCAGCAAGAAAGAUCGCAAUGUAUGGUAUGAAUGUGAUGGACGUACUGGACGCUGAUGGAAAUGUGAUGAAACUUGGUGUAAACGUCAACGGGGUUCAUGUACUUCAUAUGAAUACCAUACUUCACUCCUUUCUCUGGCCAAUGGUUAAGAAAUGUUAUUUUCACGGUCGAGAAUUUCUGCUCGAUUUGGAAUAUCCAGUCAAGGGCGGCCACACAGAAGCGAUGACAAUUGGUUUCUAUGCAUUGAGUUCAAUCGAGUCAAAGCGCAUGACAAAGACAUGCAAUUCGUAUCAGCAGUUUGCUUUCCAUGGAAAGCCUAAAUCAACCCCUGGUAAAGCGAAAUCAAAAGGGUUCAGAUCUAAAAAGGGCAAACAUGCACGAGAAGAAGUGGUAGAAAAAGAAUGCUCGCAUGUUACAGCCGACACCGCUUCUACCAACUUUAAACGCGUCGACAGUAUUCGUUUCUCCAAAAAAAUUCUUCAAAAAACAAGUCCUCAGCAAAAAGCUGAUAAGGUAAAGGAGAAUGUUGAAACUUCUGCGCCCGUGGUAAACAAUGAAGACGCUUCAAAGAAAACAAUGGAAAUUCCGAUCAUCACAGAAACGUUAGCUAGUGAUAAUCCUACGUCAGCCGACGAAGAAGAGCAGGAAAAAACUGAUAAACAACAAUCACCUGAAGAAAUAAAAGAAGAAACUGCAAGUCCUAGCCACCACGAAGAAGAACACGCUUCUGAUGACGAACCUGUUGAGGUUUGCGUUGAAGACAUCAAAGAAAAAAACGAAAUCCCCGAUGGAGAACCGCAAGACUCUUCCACACAUCACGAUGAAGAAUACGAAGACGUCACAGAGGAAGCUCUGCAAGUGAAACCUGAUAAGUCUGAACAAGUGCACGAAGAAAACGCCGAUGACGACGCCGACGACGACGCUUCACCAGAAGUUGUCGUGGUUUCCCCGGACGUUGCGAUGAGCGAUGAUCUAGCACAUAAAGAAACAUCAAAACCUUCCUGCGAUGACGCCAAUGCGGAUAACGUCGCACAAGAUGUUAAUAAUGACGAGAAAGAUUCCGACGAAAAUGUGCCGUACGACGUUGAAACGGACCAAGAAAUUGUCAUCAUUGAAUUUGAGGAUGUCGAAGAAGAAAUUCCCGACAAACAAAAGGACGACGACUCGUUGUUGCAGGAGAUUGAGAAAGAAUUGCAACAGUCCUCUGAGAAGCAGAUGUAACACACACACGAAAGAAAACUUCGAGAUGUUCUUAUUUUUUGAAGCUGAGAUUUUGCAUGGAAAAUCGCUUUUGUGUAGGACCUCCGUUGGUUUGAAAAUUUUGUUUAUUUUUCAAUUUUUGCAUGUUUUGCAUUUUAGCCUUUUAUUAAGCACUAAUUAUUUCAUGUGUUUUAGUAUUUUUAACAAUGUGCAUUAUAUUUUAUCUUUGUAUGCAGUCUCGAUUUCCAAUCUUUAGACUCUAAUUCCCUUUUCAGUUGUAUGUCAAUCAGCCUCUUUGAAAGGUUCAGCCAGUUAUUGAUAUGAGUUUCUGGAGGUAUGGUGUCGAGAUUGCGAUUUUAGUUUAUUUAUUUCUGAGGUAUUGUAAUAUUUUUAGAUUAGGAUUACAUAUUUGAAGAAAAUCUUUCUUUUUUCCAA